AUGCUUUGUAAAGUUUUCGGUGACUUAAUGACCAUAUCUAGGACGCGGUACAAAAUAAAACUCUUUAAUGCCCAAUUUUUGUUGUUUUGUGCCACACAAGUCACAACGCAUCAUCCAGCCCCGUCCUUUAAAGUUAACUUCCAGUCCUCACAUUCUGUACAGGGUGCAGUGGUUGCUAGGAGAACAUAUCGAGAAGGAUGUCCAGGACUCAGAUUGUAACGCAUUAACGAGCAAUUCCACUGUAAUUUGCUGCCGUUAUUCCACAUAUUCAUAAUUACUCUGCAGACUUCCUUUGUUUGCAUGCGCAUAGUAUGUCCUUUCAAGCCUGUGAAUGGCUGUAUCCAUCUCCUUAUUGAUUCCUCAAACAUGAAUCUAAACUUUGACAGCGUGUGUUCUUUUCCGUAACCU